AUGCCCUCAACGCCAAAGCAUCGACCCCCACGACUUCAACGCCAAACGAACCCCCACACGCCACAUUCCCCGCCCAUUCCCACCUCACGACGCCCAACGCCAUGCCUAAACGCAAAUGCACCAUGCCCUCAACGCCAAAGCAUCGACCCGCCACCCACGACUUCAACGCAAACGACCACCCAGCCUCCACAUUCCCCGCCCAUUCCACCUCAGACCCCCACCCAUGCCCUAACAACGCAACGACCGCCACCCAUGCCCUCAACGCCAAAGCAUCGACCCCCACCCACGACUUCAACGCCAAACGACCCCACCCACUUCCCACAUUGCCUCACGACCCUUACCCAUGCCCUCAACGCAACGACCCCCACCCACGACUUCAACGCCAGACGCCCCCACUCACGCCCUCAGCAGAUAAUUAAGAAACGACACAUCCAAACGUUAACAGCAGCACAUAAUCGCCUAUGUUGCAGAGUGCUGCGGUGCCUCUGCAACAUUGGCUAUAUCUGUCAGGAGACUGUAAGUGGUUAG